GGAGCGGCCACUCGUCCGGGCACCUGUCCUUGAAGAGUAGGUUGGCGGAGCUGUGUUUUUCUGGUCCAGUCCAUGGCCAGGUGGCUAGUAGCCCCGGACCACGCAGAUCCACGAGAGUUUGGGGUAGGACGGAGUGGGAGUGAGGAGCGAAGUAAAGGGUGCUGUACUCCUUGAAAGUGGAAGGUGGCCGCACCAGAGGUGGUAUAGAAGGAGUCCGGCCCUAGGGUCCAAGUGGAGCCGUGAACAUGGAGGGCGAGCCCAGUAGCCUUCGGAAGAAGGCGGCGGAGCGGCAGCACCGGGCGGAGGUGAUGCUGGCGGGGGAGCAGCUGAGGCUUCGACUUCACGAUGGGAAGCUCAUCAAGGAUCGACGUUAUCAUCUUCGGACAUAUCCCAACUGUUUUGUUGCCAAGGAGCUCACGGAUUGGCUGAUAGACCACAAGGAGGCACCAGACAGAGAAACAGGCAUUCGGCUGAUGCAGAAACUGAUGGACCACUACAUCAUUCAUCAUGUGUGUGAUGAGCACUCAGACUACAAAGAUGCCAAACUGCUGUAUCGUUUCCGCAAGGACGAUGGAACCUUCCCUUUAAACAAGGAUGUCAAGGUGUUUCUUCGAGGCCAGAGUCUGUAUGAAGCGUUGGUGAGUGCAGAUGACUCAAUCCUUAAAGUGCGGGAGGAAAAGUCUGUCAGGUACCAGCGAGCUUUCCUGGGCUGUGAGAUGGUGGACUGGCUCACUCAGGAGGGAGAGGCAGCCAGCAGGAAGGAGGCUGUGGAGCUGUGUCGGACUCUUCUGGAACAUGGGAUCAUUCAACAUGUCUCUACCAAGCACCACUUCUUUGACAGCAAUAUCCUCUACCAGUUCCGGAUCAACUUCCGUAGGCGGCGGCGGCUGACGGAGCUUCUGACUGACAACAUCCGAGCUGUCCCUGAGAGCCCUGAUAGCCCCUUCUGUCUUCGAAAGCUCAACCCUGACCAGGGCAAUACCAGCUUCCUCUCAGUUCAGCCUAACAAGGAAAUCAAAGUGGUCUCGGCUGUCAGGAGAAGCAGUGUCACCAGCCUAGCAGGGGGAGCUGGCCCCUUCUAUAACAGUCCACCUCUUCUGGGGCUCCCACCAGGCUCUGAGUGCAACCCCAAGUCAGUGCUGAAGAGACAGGUAACCAUUGAGGAGCUAUUGUCCCCAGGAGCCCCCUAUGUGAAGAAGACUCUAACAAUCGUAGGGGAUGCUGUGGGUUGGGGGUUUGUAGUCCGAGGAGGAAGACCCUGUCACAUACAGGCUGUGGAUCCUGGAGGCCCAGCUGCUGCUGCAGGCAUGAAGGUAUGCCAGUUUGUGAUCUCAGUGAAUGGCAUUUCGGUGCUACAUCUGGACUACCCGACGGUCAGCAACCUUAUUGUGACGGGGCCACGGACACUGAUUAUGGAGAUUAUGGAAGACAUAGAGUGAAGGGAGCCUGAGAGUCUCCUUUGCCAACCUUCCCCUCCUCUCUCCCUAGUGACUGACUCCCCUUGCCAACCAGGAUAAACUGUAAAGCCAUAAAAAACUCCAGACUAAAAUGUGUGAGGGGUAGGAGACAUAACUUUAGAGAGAAACUCCAAAGUCCUAAGAAUGACUAAGUUGACCAUUAUAUAAACAUUUAUUGAGUACCCACUAUGUGCAAAGUUCUCUGUUUGUCAUUGUGGUG